AUGGCUUGCCAGCAGCAAUGCAAAGAGCCCUGCCUGCCUCCUCCAUGCUGUGUGACCAAGUGCACUACCAAAUGCCCUGAUCCCUGCUGUAAAGUCGGUGUGACCAAGUGUGUGACUAAAUUCAUGGGUCCCUGCUUUUCACCCACGUCCAGGAAGAUGGCCUACCAGCAGCAAUGCAAGCAGACCUGUCUACCUCCUCCUUGCUGUGUGACCAAGUGCACUACCAAAUGCCUGGAUCCCUGCUGCAAAGUCUGUGUGACCAAGUGCGUGACCAAGUGCGUGGAUCCUUGCUGUAAAGUCUGCGUGAAGAAGUGCACUUCAUGCGUGCAUCCAUGUCCCUGUCCGUGCCCUCCAAAGUGCAUUCCGUGCCCUCCGUGUCUUCCAUGCCCUGAAAAGUGUCCUCCGUGCCCUCCAUGUCCUCCAAAAUGCCCCCCCGUGCAGCACUGCUGCAAAGAAAAGAAGCUCUUUUCACCCACGUCCAGGAAGAUGGCCUACCAGCAGCAAUGCAAGCAGACCUGUCUACCUCCUCCUUGCUGUGUGACCAAGUGCACUACCAAAUGCCUGGAUCCCUGCUGCAAAGUCUGUGUGACCAAGUGCGUGACCAAGUGCGUGGAUCCUUGCUGUAAAGUCUGCGUGAAGAAGUGCACUUCAUGCGUGCAUCCAUGUCCCUGUCCGUGCCCUCCAAAGUGCAUUCCGUGCCCUCCGUGUCUUCCAUGCCCUGAAAAGUGUCCUCCGUGCCCUCCAUGUCCUCCAAAAUGCCCCCCCGUGCAGCACUGCUGCAAAGAAAAGAAGCUCUGUGCUGUACAAGGAACAUCUGGACCUGUCGUGAUUUUCACAGCUGCAUCCAAGAGAUCAAGUGUGAAAAAUCGGAAUGGGAGGAAGGGGAACGAGUAUAAUGAGGAGUUUUCCCCACGUCCCAGGAAGAUGGCUUAUCAGCAGCAUUGCAAACAGCCCUGCCUGUCCCCUCCUUGCUGUGUGACCAAGUGCACUACCAAAUGCCUGGAUCCCUGCUGCAAAGUCUGUGUGACCAAGUGUGUGACAAAAUGUGUGGAUCCUUGCUGUAAUGUCUGCGUGAAGAAGUGCACUACAUGUGUGCAUCCAUGUCCAUGCCCAUGCCCUCAAAAGUGUUCUCCAUGUCCUCCAUGCCCUCCAAAAUGCCCACCCGUGCAGCAGAAGAUGGCUUAUCAGCAGCAUUGCAAACAGCCCUGCCUGCCCCCUCCAUGCUGUGUGACCAAGUGCACUACCAAAUGCCUGGAUCCCUGCUGCAAAGUCUGUGUGAAGAAGUGCACUACAUGUGUGCAUCCAUGUCCAUGUCCUCCUAAGUACGUGGAUCCGUGCCCUCUGUGCUUUCCAAAAUGCCCACCUGUGCAGCAUUGUUGCAAAGAAAAGAAGCUCUGUUAG